AUGUCCGCCAUUCCUCGACAUGCUGUUAAGUUCACCCAGAGAAUCCGUAACUCUGUUCUGCGUAAUCGUACCCUGACCCUUAUUGAAACCGCGACGGAGAAGCCCGACCUAGCGCAUUUCACCAUCGCCACCCUCAAAAACCCGUCGCACACGAGUCAUACCGACCUCGAGGCGCACGCUACAGCAUUAUUGGUAACCGAUGAAUAA